CCUGUCUCCUGCGACUCACAUUCUACCCAGAUCCCAAGGAUGCGGGUGGUGGUGCCCCGAACUCUCCUCCUGCUGCUGUCGGGGGCCCUGGCCGUGACCCAGACCUGGGCCGGCUCCCACUCCCUGAGGUAUUUCUCCACCGCGGUGUCCCGGCCCGGCCGCGGGGAGCCCCGCUACUUGGAAGUCGGCUAUGUGGACGACACGCAAUUCGUGCGGUUCGACGGCGACGCCCCGAGUCAGAGGAUGGAGCCGCGGGCGCCGUGGAUAAAGCAGGAGGGGCAGGAGUACUGGGACAGGAACACGCGGAACGCCAAGGGCUCCGCACAGACUUUGCGAGUGGACCUGAAGACGAUGCUCCGCUACUACAACCAGAGCGAGUCCGGGUCACACAACAUCCAGUGGAUGUUCGGCUGUGACGUGGGGCCGGCCGGACGCCUCCUCCGCGGGUACAGUCAGGGCUCCUACGACGGCGCGGAUUACAUCGCCCUGAACGAGGACCUGCGCUCCUGGACCGCGGCGGACACGGCGGCGCAGAUCACCCGCCGCAAGUGGGAGGUGGCCGGGGCGGCGGAGCGCUGGAGGAACUACCUGGAGGGCACGUGCGUGGAGUGGCUGCACAAGUACCUGGAGAUGGGGAAGGAGACGCUGCUGCGCGCAGAAUCUCCCAACACACACGUGACCCGCCACCCCAUCUCUGACCGUGAGGUGACCCUGAGGUGCUGGGCCCUGGGCUUCUACCCUGCGGAGAUCACCCUGACCUGGCAGCGUGAUGGGGAGGACCGCACCCAGGACACGGAGCUUGUGGACACCAGGCCUGCGGGAGAUGGGACCUUCCAGAAGUGGGCGGCAGUGGUGGUGCCUUCUGGAGAGGAGCAGAGAUACACGUGCCAUGUGCAGCACAAGGGGCUGCCUGAGCCCGUCACCGUGAGAUGGGAGCCGCCUCCUCAGCCCUCCAUCCCCAUCUUGGGCAUCAUUGCUGGUGUGGCUGUUGCUCUCCUUGUGGUCACUGUGGUGGUUGGAGCUGUGAUCUGGAGGAUGAAGCGCUUAGGAGGAAAGGGACCGAGCUACUCUCACGCUGCAGGCGAUGACAGUGCCCAGGGCUCUGAUUCAUCCCUAAUGCCUCCUAAAGUGUGACACCAGCUGCCCCUGGGGGACUGAGCGAUGCAAGACUUGUCCCUACUCCCACCUGGUGACAUCAGGAGCCCCUAACUUUUCUUUCUGCAGAUGGUGUCAGAACGUGUCUGUGUUCCUAUCAGCAUAUCGUGAGGACGCAGGAGACUGGCCCACCCUGCCCACCAUGACUCCUCCCCAUUCUUGGUUCUGUUCCCUUUCUGAUCUGCUUUCCUGUUCCUGCAGAGACAGAGCUGGACUGUGUCCAUCCACUUGUUGGACUCUGUACUGAUAUCUUACUUCCCUACUGAAAAUGAGAAU